AUGACCCACGGCUACAUGAGUAUGAUCAACGACACUAGCUACAAUACGACUACCCUGGCGGAUCUUGAGCUUGUCGUUGUGGUGGUAGACGGCAGCUUCACGCAGCUCGUAGCCGGAGAUCUUUCCACUGUGCGGAUCUUCAAUUUAGUGCGCUCGCGUGAAGAUUCGAGAGAUUUAUAUUUGGUCACAGUGUCGCUGACUGCUCAAGAUUACGAGAUCCGAGAGCACGAGAAAGAAGGACCAGCUCUGCUCGGUAUCCUUUCGGUCAUGCGAGACAUGCGGCAAGGUAUCAUUGAGAUGUUCUACAUGAUGGCGCUGACAUAUCCCUAUCAACGUACACCCGAAUUCGAGAUUUAUUCCUUUGUCGGGAUAUCGGACGAGAGUUUCCUCGAGUUACGAAGCACUCCGAAGGACCCGUUAACGCAACCAGUGAAUUUGGUACUUCGUGGUGUCCUCGUCGUCAUUUCGUGGUACCUGAACUCGUUCUGGACGCUCUUCGAGUUUGCCAUGUCGAACGCCGCGAUAGUUUCUGGAACGGACAUUGUCCGCGUUCACAGAGAGCUGGUGCACGCUGAUGUUCUGGUGGUGUAUCUCGGCCUGGUUGCUCUAUUGAGUGCUGCAAUUCGAGAGCGCAUCGACCCGUCAAUUGCAAUUUUCCUAUUCGAGAUUAUCCAUAAGAACCGAUUGAGUUUGAUUCGUGGGUCACCUGCGGUACGGAACGAAGUUGUGGAGUACUCCGAUAGUUUAUUCAGCUUGAGGAACUCCAACGUCUCCCCUGUUGUUGAAGCAAUGUCCCCGCUCAAUUACUGGACUGCCUUCCAAAUUCCCUCAAAAGAUGGCACAUUUCUAGCAGCCUCUUUCUUCCCCAAGAUCACGUUGCUCGGGACCAUUGCGUUCUAUGCAGUCCUACGCAAAGUUUAUCGCUAUAUAUUCCCUGAAGAAAUUCGCCAAAGAUCGAGCCAAAGCGCUGAGCAGUCGGCAAAUGAGAAGACGGCGCUCUUGCUAAAAGGGAACCUUACCAACUUCGAGAUCUCAACGGGUGCUGAGCUACAAACUCGCUUUGGUAUCAUCUCCGACUACAAGAACUACGUGUACUUCAAGGGAUACGUGAUUGUAAACGGCAAGUUUUUGAUCAAAUCGAAAGCGCUGCCUGCAGUUGUGACGAUCAAGCUGCUACGGUCGCGAUUCACGAACGUGUAUGUGUACGAAGUGGAUGGGAAUACGGUCAAAGACACAGCUCGGUUGGUGUUCCCCGAAACGUUCUCGUGGAGCGAUCUGUGGCGCCUGAAUCUGACUGUGCUGCUCUAG